GGUUCACUGCAACAUGUGACGCACCCCAUUUUCUGGGAACAUACAGACGAGUAAGGAGGAAGCCACGUUGACAACAAAACCCAGUGGCUGCUGAGUAUUGGUUAGAGUCACAAAGGUGGAAAGUGGACUGAUUAGCACGCAACAGCACACCACUAGAAGAAUAGCUAAACAAUAUAAAAAUGAGCGUUGGGUUCAUUGGAGCGGGGCAACUGGCGUAUGCCCUGGCGAGAGGGUUUACAGCUGCAGGUGUAAUAGCAACUCAUAAGAUCACAGCCAGUUCCCCAGACACUGGACUCCCCACUGUGACUGGGCUAAGGAAACUGGGUGUGAAUUUCACCACUAGCAACAAGGAGACAGUGAAGAACAGCGAUGUCUUGUUCCUGGCUGUCAAACCUCACAUCAUCCCCUUCGUUCUGGAUGAGAUCGGGCCUGACAUCGAGAACCGACACCUGGUUGUGUCCUGUGCUGCAGGAGUCACAAUUCAAUCCAUUGAGAAGAAGCUGUCUCUGUGCCACCCGGCCCCGAAGGUGAUGCGCUGCAUGACGAACACGCCAGUGGUGGUGCGGGAGGGAGCCACGGUGUACGCCACGGGCACCCACGCUGAGCUGGAGGACGGCAAGCUGCUGGAGCAGCUGAUGGCCAGCGUGGGGUUCUGCAUUGAGGUGGAGGAGGACCUGAUCGAUGCUGUGACCGGGCUGAGCGGCAGCGGGCCUGCCUACGCAUUCACAGCCCUGGAUGCGCUGGCGGACGGUGGAGUGAAGAUGGGGCUGCCGAGGAGGCUGGCGCUCAGACUGGGAGCUCAAGCCCUACUGGGAGCUGCUAAGAUGGUGCUGGACUCGGAGCAGCAUCCCGGCCAGCUGAAGGACAAUGUGUGCUCCCCAGGGGGCGCCACCAUCCAUGCGCUGCACGUCAUGGAGAGUGGAGGCUUCCGCAGUCUUCUCAUCAACGCAGUGGAGACAUCCUGCAUCAGGACCAGGGAGCUGCAGUGCCUGGCCGACCAGGAGAAGAUCUCGCCAGCCGCUAUUAAGAAGACCACUCUGGACAAGGUCCUCCAGGAAUCUACCUCAUUCGGGGUCAAGGGGAGAAUCAGCCUGCUUAACAGCAAGGGGACCAAUAGCAAGAACUAACUAUCCAGCAAACGCCUGCCACACAGCAGAGCUGCACGUCCCACCACUGGAUGAAGGGUGUGAUGUGAGGCACUUGGUUUGCAGUACCUGGUGGGACGAGGUAUAAUUCUGAAAGCCAGUCAGUUACCAGUAGUUUGAGGCUUUGAGCUCUAGUGUAUAGGGCAGUUGAAUAUUUGACAUGCAGUUUUAAAGUAAAAUGUCAUCAGUAGGGGUAAUCAAAGUGUAUUGGCUCGGCUUCUGUUAGUCUCAACAUUUCCAAUGUACAGAAUUUCAGUCACUUAUUUGUUGUUUCUUUCUGUGCAGCUCAAGUGCAUACAUUAACAGACAUAACCAUGAAAUAAGCUUCAAAUAUGCCCAGAUGAUGCUUCAUGAAUUUGGAAAGUAUCGCGCAGAUUGGGUUAAUAGAUUCUAUCCAGGGUUCUAAAAUUGAAGCUAAAAAUAAUAAUUGUUGUAAGAAAUGUUUACAAUAUAUUUAUACUAUAGUGCCAUGCUAAUACAGCCUCAAAUCCAUUCUCUUCACCUUUGCAACCUGCAUCCUAAAUACCAUGGAAUCUAUAUAACUAUAGAUGUGUAUCUGUUUUUAGUUUUAAUUGUUUUAGUUUGCAGUUCUCUUUUCUUCUUUUCAUUUGCAUGUUAUGUAAACACUAUCUGUAAAAUAACAUGAUCUACAAAAUUAUAUCGUAUCAAUUGUGUUUUUGGUGUCCACAUGUGUUUUGUUAUUACAAGUAACGUUUUAUUGAAAAGAAUGCUGGAAGACCAUGGAUGAUUUUUUUUUUUUGCUUUUUUUUUUUUUACAAAGCACAUCAUCUUAGAUGAGAAAUUGUUACAGGGGCUGUCCUUUUUCACAAGUAAAUAAAAGUAAGAACUGCC